AUGGAAAAUCCUAAUUUCAAAGCAGAAGAGUUAGAACAUCAAGAAACGCAAAUAGGAAAACAUGUUAUCAGCAGAAAAUUACCAGGAGAGAAAUAUGAUAUGGAAAAAGAACGAAGAGAAGAAUCUCCGACAGAGAAAAACGUCAUGAACAGUGGAAAUAUCGAAGUCUCUCAAAGUAGAUUUGAAGAGCUUCGGAACUGGCUACUAGACGGCCCGAUGGUACGAUCAGUAAUUAUGGCCGUUGAGUGGUUCCUUGUUGUUGCCAUCGUUGUUGGUGCGGUUCUGGCUAUUCCUCAGUGA